CAGGGCGUUCACCACCUUCAAAAACCAUUUCUACUUCUCCAGAUUGUGUUAUUUCGAAGACUGGAGCUUCUUGCCACAGUGAAAAAUAGCUUAUCCUUUUUAUUGCUUUUGAACGUGGCGUACCUGUAAUUAUCAUUCAGCCAAUUUAAUCUCGCAACCAUCUUAACGAAAAUGUUGGUGUAUUUGUGGUCGUUACCUUUGCUAGUUCGAGUGGCAUUAUUGGUGUUGUCAAUACUAGUUUGCCUCAAAGUUCAUUUUAAAUUGAAGCAUGGGGUGUGCACUAGCCAAAACAAAAUGACAGGUAAAAUAGUCAUCAUCACUGGAGCUAAUACAGGUAUUGGAAAAGAGACGGCCAUUGACCUGGCCAAAAGAGGAGCUCGUGUGAUCUUAGCUUGUCGAGACAUCAGGAAAGCAGAUGCUGCCAAAGAUGACAUUGUUAGAGAGUCAGGUAAUAAUGAUGUUAUUGUUCGACACCUCGAUUUGGCGUCUCUCAAAUCUGUACGAAAAUUCGCUGCUGAUAUUUUGGACAGUGAGACGCGUGUCGAUGUUCUAAUUAACAAUGCUGGUUGUGUCACUACCGAAAAGAAGUUAACAGGCGAUGGACUAGAAUAUCAGAUGCAAACGAAUCAUUUCGGCCACUUCCUGUUGACUAAUCUACUGUUGGGAUUAAUGAAGAAAUCCGCUCCCUCACGAAUUAUUAAUGUUUCUUCGACCGCCUAUUCAUUCAUUUGGUCGUUGGACGUCAAUAAUUUAAACUCGGAGCUGCAUUAUAGUGGCUAUAGUUUUUAUAACAUGGUUUAUUAUUACUCUAAGAUUAGCCAAAUUCUUUGUACUCGACAUCUCGCAUCGCUUGUCCGCGAUUCAGGCGUGACGGUCAACUGUUUGUGUCCAGGGCCUGUGAAGACGGGAAUAUUCCGCAAUGCUAAUUCAUGGUUUUUUAUUCUACUUGGCGUGCUAUAUCCUUUCAUUUUUAAGACACCUAAGGAAGGCGCUGAAACCUCCAUUCAUUUAGCCGUAGCUGAUGAAGUUGCUAACGUUACAGGAGAAUUUUUCAGCGAUUGCAAGAUUAAUAAAACCAACAAAUUGGCCAGCGAUCUCGGUCUAGCUAAGAAAGUGUGGGAAAAGAGUGAAAUUUAUGUCGAUUUAAAACCGGAAGAACGUCAUUAUUGACAAAUACUAUGUAAGAAUUAGCAUCAAAGUUAUUCUGGAAAAGAUGAGUAUUUUUUUGUGAAGCGAAUCGAAAUGCUCUCUGCGGACCAUACCCUUGUUUAAAGUGAAAACUAAUAGCAAAAUUUAUAUGAAUAAUUGUAGCAAAUGCCUGUUUUUGUGAUUGACAAGAACGUCAUCCAGGUGAACAAGAUUGAAAAUUUUGA